AUGACUAUAUAUCCUAAUAGUGAUUUUGAAUUUUCACGCACAUUGACGAAUAGAGCAUGAGUACCAACCAACGUGAACCAAAUCAAAUAAUCUAAACUAAAUGCAUAACAAUAUUAUAAUUAUAUUUAUAAUAUUUUAGAAUGUAAAAAGUUAAAAGAAAGACUUUCCUUAAUUAUUAUAAUUUUUAUAAAUAGAGAAUGAAAACUAAAAUUAAAAUAUUUGUCAACUACAAAUAUAUAGUUAAACGUAUUAUUUUUUUUAUAUGUUGCCAACACUAUAUACAUCUUUAAGAAAAUAAAUUAUAACAAUUAAAAUUUAUAAAAUAAUUUCAUUAUAAAUUAUUGUCUAUUCGUAAUGCGUCAAUAGCUUUACCAACUAUACAAAUUUUUGUUAAUUAUUAAAUCAUAAUUUUGUAUUAAAUCAUAAAUUAAAUUAAACAUAUGUUUUUCGAAUGUUGUGUAUGUGGAAAUGUUUUGAAUUUGAAGAUUGUAAGUUCAGAAUAUCAUGAUUAUUAAAUUUUUCAUUACAUUAAAAAAUAAAUAAACUACAAAUUUAAAAUUUUAUGCAUAUUAUUAAAAAACUAGAACCAGAUAAAAAUAACUUUCAUUCUUUGGAUAUAUUUUUAUAUAUUAUGUGCAUUGUAUGCAUUUUAGCAUCCUUAACUUUCUAAUAAAUGUAUAAAAAUUCGUAAUUUAAUAAUAAAAUAUUAAUUAGUCUAAUCACAUUAGUAAUAUGCGAUGGUAAUAUUCAUUUAGUAAUAUUAUUACUGUAUUAGAAUGGGGAUUCACUUACACUCAGGGGAUAACUGGGGGAUUUUCUUUUUCCCCUUCCAUUUCUCUGGUUCCGUAUAUUUAUACGGCGUUGAGCUCGUCAUUUGAACAGAAUUGAUUCAGAAUUCAUCAGAGCAGAAUAAUUACAAAUCGCAUAAACUCAAAGGUAAGCGAAGUAUUUGAUAUCUUAUUUUAUAUGUUGCUGAUACUAUUGUUAGAAAUAUAAAAUAUUCAUUAAUAAGUAUAAUACAAAAUUGUCUAUUACUAAAAAAAAAACAGAUAGAUUUUAAAAUUAGUUGUUAAUUUCAUAAAAUUAUAAUUAGUCUAUCUAUGUCAUAGAUACUUCAUUGAAAGUAAUAUAAAAUGUAAUUAAUUUUAUGUAACAAUAAAAUGAAAAAAAGAUAUUAAUUUUGAUUUUAUAUAAUUGUACAAAGAUGAUUUGAAGCAUGAUCUGAAAUUUAUGUCCAAAAUAAGUCUGUGCCUGUAAACGGUCAUAUCGUUAUUAUACGAUUAUAAAUGCAUCGUUAAUGUUAAUAAGAAGAAAAAUUUAACAUUUAAUUAUUUAAUCCAUUUACAAUUAGCGUUGCCUUAAUGCAACAUUUUAUUUAGUUUUCAAUUUAUAUUCUUCAUCUUUUUUUAACGUUAUAAUUAAAAAAGUGGAUUUUAAAAAUCCGCUGAUGAUUUUUUUUUGUCACUAUUUCUUCCAUCUUAGAUUUUAUAAUCUUCCGAGAUAGAAGUAUUUACAUAUAAUAUUGUAAUAAUAUUACAAGAGGUAUUUACAAUAAUAUUGUAAUAAUAUUUACAGAAGUAUUUACAAUAAUAUUGUAAUAAUAAAAUUGUAAUAAUAUUAACGAAAUAGAAGUAUUUACAUAUAAUAUUGUAAUAAUAUUCUUUGCAUUAUCAAACAUUCAAAUUCGAUUUUCUCGAAAAUUAAGAUGUAUCAUGUUAUUUUUACAAAAAGAUGUAUAUUUUUUUAUUUUUUUAUGAAAACCAUAUGCUAUGCAUAAUGAUACUAUAACAAACUGAUUAUUACAAAUAAAUUUAUUACACAAAUUAAUAUUAAUUAAUUAAUUAAUUAUCGUAUAAUAAAUUGUGAUUAGUUUGUCUUACAAUAUUGAAUUGUCUGAAAACAGCUUACGUUUUACAUUUUUUUUUUUUUGCAGAUGGACAAAAAAGCUGCCAGUAAUAGAACAAAUCAAUGUAAUCCUAAUCAUACAUCAACUGGGCAAGGGCACAAAUCCGGAUAUUAUGGAACCGGUACAAAAGCUGAUUUAGAUAAUCAUGCCAAUCAACUGAAUCCCAAUAAUCAAUUAUACAAAAAAGCAUCUCGCAGCUUCCAUCAAACUACUGCAUCAGCUACACUCAUAUUGCUUAAACUAACGUGUGAACUAUGCGGCCUGUUAAGGCCUUGGAAGACGUUGGAUUAUUAUAACUAA